AUGCCGUGGAUACAGAGAUCGUUACAGACAUUGCGGCUUAAAGACUGUCCGUCGCUUCUCUCAGAAGCUGUUGCCGCUACGCUCACAGCAAUGCGUUGCCUCGUUGACCUGGAAUUGUCGGGGUGCCGUACCCUAACCACAAUAGAACCACUCAAGGCCUUGAUGGAAAAUCAGGCCAUACAUGACACUCUGGAGGAACUCCGCAUACAGGGGGUAAGUUUCGAUCCCGUAUAUCUCGAUCCAGAAUUGGAGGACCUGCCUGUUCCGGAAGACCUGCAGCUGCCCUUCAUCGAGUUGAACAUGGGACCGGCAGACGAGGGAGCGACAUUGGUCUCGGUAUUCCGCAACUUGCGCAUACUGGAUUUACGAUUCUGCGGAUGGGUAUCUAAUUCAUUGGUCCUCCACAUUGGCCAACACUUAGGAAAAUUGGAACGUUUGGACUUAUCCGGAUGCUCAAAUAUACGAGGGCAGUUUGGAUUGGAGCCCUUGGAGGCGCUCCCAAAACUCCGCCAAGUGCACCUGGUCAAUAUGCAUCCCAGCGUAGGAAUACAACCCCUGGCCGCGAUAAGAACCCUGGAGGAGAUACAAUGUCGGGAUUCCGCAGGAGUGACGGACGAGGAGGUCUGCCAAGUAGUCCGCGGAUGUCCGGCCCUAACAAAGUUCAAUGUGGAAGGAUGCCAGGGCAUCACCCAGCAGACAAUCACCGGAGUGACCGACAUAGUACGACGGGAAGGACGGGACGCGGUACUUAGUCUUUGGGUCGGCGAAACAAAUGUACAGAGAUGGGCGAGAGCACGGCAGUCUCUGUUACUUAGAGUCUUCCACGACCGGGCAUACCAACCGUUUUUGCAGUGA